AUGGAUUGCGCUCAUGCACGGAUUGGAAGCAACUCCAAAGACUUUGUGGACACAUUAAGCUUGGCACAACAUACAGUCAUGUCUUGUAAGGGCAGUCUCAGAGCAGAACAUUUGGGUCUUCACAAAGCGCUUUGUGUGUUGAUGGGAUGGAAUAGUGCUAUAUUCCCUAACAGUCCAUGGGUUCGGCAGAUAUUGCCUGAUCUCGAAGCCUCGUCACUGAAGGAGGACCUCAUCAUAUGGCCUCCAGUUGUUGUCAUCCACAACAGGUCCAUAGCAAAUGGUAAUCCUGAUGAUCGGAUUAUUGUAAGUAUUGAAGGGCUCAGGGAUAUUCUCAGAGGGAUGGGGUUUGGUCAAGGCAUGACCAAUGUCUGUCGUGGCAAAGCUGCAAAUCAGAGUACUAUGGUGGUCAUCUUCAGUGGGACUUUUUCUGGGCUGCAAGGAGCUGAGAGGCUUCACAAGCAUUAUGCUGAGAGCAAACGGGGAAGGACUGAGUUCCAGCAAAUUGGUUUAAGCGGCUACAAUCGCAAGAGCUUGCGAACUGAAGAAGCGCCAUCAAACACAAUAGAAAAUGUUUUAUAUGGCUAUUUGGGAAUUGCAAUUGACCUAGAUAAACUUGAUUUUGAGACCAAGAAACGAUGUGUUGUGAAGAGCAAGAAGGAGAUAAAGGCUGUUGCAGACUUUUCUCUGAACGCUGAAUGUGGAAAUUGA